CCUUUUCCUCCCUGUCUUACCCUGCAGGCUGCCCGCGGCAGCUCUGAGCGGCCCCCUUGGGAAGGAUACCUUGUCGCCUCUUGUCAUCUCUCGCAGCCUAGGCCGACUCGGCCGAUGCCAUGAGUUAAUCCCCGAUGCCGGCUACACUGACUCGAGUCUUGACUUGACCUCCGUCCGCAUCCUCUCCAUCUACACACACGGUCUUAGUAUCCAUCUACAACCCACACAGUGCGUUCACACACGGUGAGAGAUCCAUUUCAACGAUGUGUGUCGGAUUCUGGUCACUCGAGCACCCGGAUUACGCUUUGAUCCUCUGUGGAAACAGAGAUGAAUAUCUCUCGCGCCCCACCACGGCGGCCCAUUUCCACGGCUUCGAAAUGGAUAUCGCCGAGCAGCCUGGUGGGAACGUACUCUCAGGGCGCGACCUGAGCGCGGGAGGGACGUGGCUCGGGGUCAACCGCGCUGGGCGUGUCGCGUUUCUCACGAACAUCACCGAAGAGCACCUGUCGUACACGUCGACGCGAGGCGCGCUCGCGUCGGCAUUCCUGCUGCCCGACCGCGCGGGCGAGAGCUUACAGGACCACGUCGGUCACGUCGUGCGCGAGAACAGGGCCUACGCCGGUUUCAACCUCCUGCUUUUCGGACCACGGGCGUCCGCGUCUGCGCCCGGGGGCGUGCUGUCGUAUGACGCCGCCUGCGUCACGAACCGUGGUGGGGGAGGCACGAUCACCUGCAGACCUCUCGCGGACAACGAGCGCCGGUGCGGCGCGCUGUCCAACGGCGUGGAAGGCCAGGGCGCAGAGGCGUGGCCCAAAGUGUGCCUUGGCUCAUCGAUGUUCUCGGACGUCUUACAGUUUGUCACGCCGGAGACGACGGAGGCCGACCUCGUGCAGCGCCUGUUUCAUCUGCUGACAAGCUGGCGAAGCGAGCAUCCGCCGCGUGCGCGUGCAGAGUUGCGAAAUACCAUUCAGAUCGAGCCCAUGCAGGUACGUGCGUCCGAGACGUCAGACGGCCUGCUCUACGGCACCAGGCUCUCGACGAUUAUCCUCGUGCGCCGUGACGGCUCGGUGUCGUUUUACGAGAGGGACAUCUGGGUGCUCGAUGAGCGCGGUCAGCCGACCAAGGGGGACGAGAAGAACGAGCGCGUCUUCAAGUUCCGGGCUGACAUUCCGAACACCCAGACAUCAUAGCAGCUCGCUGCGCAACCCAAACGGAAGCCCGGAGCUCAUGUAACAUCGAGAUAAUUACCUUCUGGAUAAUAGAUGGCGCUUUGCGGCGGGCGAUCAUACCAAGAAUCAGAUACGAGGUU